AUGGGCUUCUGGCAGAUUGCGACCUCCACUCAGUUCUACCUCUAUGGCAAACGCCACUUUACCAGCAGUGGUUGGGAGAUGCACCAAGCGAGCUACGCCAAGCCGGACUUGCUGGAGACUGCGCUAGAUCUCACUGGCCGAGUAUACAUUGUGACCGGUGCGAACUCUGGUAUUGGCAAAGAGAUUGCGCAGUUUCUGGCAACGAAAGGUGCCACGGUGUACAUGCUGUGCCGCAGUCCAGAGAGAGCAGAAGCUGCACGAGCUGGUAUCGUUGCACAAGCAGGAGGAGAUGCAGAGACGCGUGUCCAUGUUCUCUUGGCUGACUGCAGCUUAGAGAGCGAAGUUCGCCGUUGCUGGGACGAUUUCUGCGAGCACAGCGUGGCAAAGAGUGACGAUCCCUCCCGUGUUCGCCUCGAUGGUCUGGUCUGCAACGCAGGCGCAUUGGCCAACACGAAGACCAUGACCUCAGAAGGCAUCGAGUUGACCUUCGCCGCACACCUCCUUUUCGGCACCUACCUGCUGGGCAGCCUGGCCAUGCCAGUCUUGGAGGCCACAGAGGGCUCGCGACUGAUCGUCGUCAGCAGCGGUGGCAUGUACAACACCGCCUUUCCCAAGUGGGAAGACGCCACCUCAACAGGCACACAGAAGUACGACGGGCAGUUCGCCUACGCCUACGCCAAGCGCGGGCAGGUGCUGCUCUGCGAGCAAUGGGCCGAGCUCCAUCCCAAGGUGAAGGUGGUCAGUUGCCACCCGGGCUGGACAUCUACACCGGCUGUGGAGGAAGCCUAUGGCUCUAGCAAAUCCUACUUGGAGCCAAUGCGAAACACCUGGCAGGGUGCUGAAGGCAUAAUUUGGCUCUGCGUGGCAGAGACGAGCAGCAUCGAGCCUGGUGCAUUCUACUUGGACCGAGAACCGCAGGUGAAGCACAUGGGAGGUGCCUUUUUCACUGAGGGGACGAUUACGAAGAACUCUCCGGGUGAGGUUGCCGACAUGAUGCGACUUCUUGAGGACUGGGCCAAUGGCCGUCGCGAUUCAGAACUGCGUGUGGCUUCUGCGCCACUUACGGCAAUGUCCUCGCCGAUCGAUCUGCCAAAGUUUAUGGGCACGUGGUACGUCAUCGCCAACAUCCCAACCUUCUUCGACAGAGGAACAACGCACAACAUAGAGAACUACAAGCUGGAUGAAGGAGGAAAGACAGUGCACGUCGACUUCACCUACCGAAAGGGCUCCGGCAAGCCGGCCCUCCUCCAGCAGCGCGCUGAGGUGGUGAACGAAGCAUGCACACAGUGGGCCAUCUCGCCCAAGCUAGGUGUGUUCCUUCCCUUGAGGAUCGCUUACUUGAUAGCGGACUGUGCGGAGGACUACUCUACGACUAUCAUCGGGGUGCCAGACAAGUCUUACAUCUGGAUAAUGGCCAGAACGCCAACCGUGGAUGAGGCGACGUAUGAUGCCCUCCUGACCAAAGCCCGAUCUUUCGGUUAUGAUACUUCGAGCAUCCUGAGAGUGCCCCAAGACUGA